AUGCAUUGGUCUACGAAUAUCCUGCAUGUGCGUUUCCACAAUCGCAGGCGGCAAUUUCUUCCGGUCAUCCCUCCCGUCAAUUUCAGUUCUUGUUGGAUAUCCGCACAGCUUGUAAUUCCAUGCGAAUCCCUUGAUUCCGUCCUCAUCACUGCACCUGUCUCCGGCGCAUAUGUUCAAGUGAUAGGGCCACCAGGUGCCAACCGUUCCCCAUUCAUCGUCGCACCAUUGCUUGCGCGACAUUUGGAACACGUCUCCGACGCCUCUGGUCUUGUUAUUAUUCCAUCCGAAACACUCUUGAUUUCAUUCUGGAAGCUUGUGAAUGGGGAGAACUUGGUUCUCAUCUGGGAUCCUCCAGCCGGGAUGCGUCUUGAUAUCUUUCAAUGUUGUGACACCUCCGAAGACCAGAAGAGAGAGCAGAAUGGUCAUUGCGUUGAACGUCAUCUUGUUGUGUAUCAUGUCAAGUGA